AUGGAUUUGAACAAUAACAUUGGCAAGGCAUAUGAUAGGAUUAGCAAAUUACCUGACUCACUUAUAAAUCAUAUCCUCUCUUUCCUUGAUAUCAAACUUGUUGCUCGUACUUGUAUACUAUCAAAAAGAUGGAAGUACAUAUGGACCUCUAUCCCCACCCUUGUUUUUCCAUACUUUCUUCCCAAUCCGCCUUCACUGUCUGAAACUAAUAAGUUCAUGGAAUUUGUGGAUAGAACAUUAGUUCUUCAUGAUGAGUCAAAUAUUCAGAAGUGCCAUCUCACGACGAAUGAACUUAUGAGUGCAUCUCGGUUUCAUUUAUGGAUCGAGAAUUUAACAAGGCGUAAUAUACAAGAGCUCGAACUCUGGUUAGAUCAAGACAAGCCAUUCUAUAUUCCCUUAUCUCUUUUCAGAUGUGAAUCAUUGAAUAAGUUGGAGCUAAUUGCAAACAAUGGUACCCGUCUUCCUGGAACUUUUAUUUUUCCAAAACUCAAGAGCCUUAAACUCAUUGGAAUCCAAUUUACUGAUAAUGAUUGCUGGAAAGAGCAACACUUUUCUAAUUGCCAUGUCCUUGAAGAUUUGAUUUUGGAAGACUGCACUUGGUUUGGUGUGAGUGAUUUUUGUAUCUCAACUCCUACACUGAAACUUUUGGAAAUUUGUAACUUGACAUGGGCGGAAGAGGGUUUACAAAACUGUGCUCUCGAAAUUCAUGUACCAAAUCUAGUGUCACUUACCUAUUGUGGUAGUGUGGCAAGGGAAUAUGUUCUUUCCAGCUUCCAAACACUAGAAUCUGCAAAAGUACACCUUUGUGAAUAUGGCAAUGUACUGAGGAAGCAACAGAUAGGUUUUGCUGCAUAUUUAAGGAAGUUAUAUCUGGAAACAUAUGCUGAAACCCUGGAGAGCUGCAUUGACGAGAAUGAAGAAAACGAACACAGCUGGGCUAGUCAUAUGUUGACUGCGGGAUGCAUGUUUCAACAUCUACAAUCAGUUACCUAUGUGCGUUUUAGUGGGAAUGAGAGGGAGAUGAGAUGGGUGAAACUAAUCUCGAAGAAUGCAAAAGAUUUGAGAACAAUUAGAUUAUAUCUAAGAAGUGAUGAUCUGAUAAAUAAAAAAGUACUCAAGUCAGAAUUUCAAAGUCUUCCUAAAGCCUCUGAGAGCUGUGAGUUUGAGUUUAAAGAGUGCUGA